GACGACGUCGGCGUGGGAUCCGACGUCGAUCUCCGAUCCGCGCUCGAGACCUUCUGCGAUAUUUCUCCGGCCAACGGGUACUUUAGAAGCACUAGUGUUAGGUCUCCAGAAGAGUAUGGAGGUGGAUGCGGUGUCGACCCCACCGGUUCGAAGAAAAGAGGAAGAGAUGAUGCAUGCCCAGGACCCAAAUCUAAAGCAUGUCGUGAAAAGAUGCGGCGAGAGAGAUUGAAUGAUAGGUUCUUGCAAUUGAGUUCUGUUCUUGAUCCUGAUAGGCCUCCAAGGUCUGAUAAAGUAAGUAUUUUAGGUGAUGCUGCUCGCCUGCUGAUGCAGUUGAAAACUGAAGCAGAGCAGCUAAAGGAAUCAAAUGAAAAGCUGGAAGAGACUAUUAAAGAACUGAAGGUGGAGAAAAACGAACUUAGAGAUGAGAAGACGAAGCUGAAGGCAGAUAAGGAGAGAUUAGAGCAACAAUUGAAGGCCAUGAGUCCACCUCCACCAGCAUUCAUGCCACAUCCGAUGGCUCUGCACCCCGCUGCAGCUUCAGCAAAUGCUGCAUUUGUUGCUCAGCAGCCUCAAGCAUCAUCGAAGGCAGCCGCGCCCUAUAAUGCUUUCCCCAGAAUGACUAUGUGGCAAUGGUUACCUCCUACAGUUCUGGACACAACUCAAGAUACAAAGCUCUGGUCACCAAACGCUUAGGCAUUUGCAAGCAAUAGCCAUCAUAUAAUUUUUUUUGCCGAUCCUUGGUCAUGUUAGCAAGGUAAAUUCCCUGGCAUGUUGUAUAACAACAGUUGACAUUGUAACCAUCUGCACCUAUUUUUCAAGAUUUCUCCUGUUUAUUGGUUUUACUAGCUAUUGUGUAAACGGCUUUUAUGUUUCACUACGAAGAGCUUGGUGUUACGUAUAUUUAGAACAACCGUCAGCUGUAUAGAUAAAAGCUAGAGCUUCCACGAA